UCUUUUCGAUUGCAUUGAGCUUCCUCUUACUUUUUGCUUAUCCCAUUUCUGAGCUUCCAACUCCAAGUUUUGAGUACCACAAUGCCUUUAACGAUGAUGCAUUGGGAAUUGACUACAAAAUGGAAAGAGAUCAAUCUUGGAUGUAUCAACGACUAACUCCUAAUGGCUUCAUGAGGGAUGAACUUAUGAAUGGAAUUCAAGAAUUUAUUGAUUUUGCAUCUUUUAACCCUACAUUUAUCUGGGGGAACAAAACUAGAUGCCUUUGCUCUCAAUGUAGCAACACUAGGUUUCUAAGUUCUGAUAAGGUGGAAGAGCACUUUCUAAAAAAGGGUUUUACUGGUGCUUAUACAAUAUGGAGUUUACAUGGGGAACAUGAGCUUGGACAAUCAACAAGAAGUAAAGAUAGGGUUGAACCAUAUUCUAGUCAUAGGGAACAUGGAGAACCAAUAUAUGAAAAGGAAAUAGAAAAUCAAUAUGUUAGAAUGGUUUGGGAUGAUAUGGGUUUGGAAAUUAUUUUGAAUGCUAGUCAUGAUAAUGACUCAAGAUCUAUGGAGCAAGAUCCAAAUCCAAAUAUAGCGAGCUUUUACUCUUUGUUGGGUGGUGCCGAUGAACCUUUGUGGUUAGGUUGCACAAAGCACACAAUGUUCUCAGCAGUGUUGCAACUUUUAAAUGUUAAAUCAAAGUUAGUUUUAAGUGAGUUGUGUUUUGAUUGUUUGAUGGAUAUAAUAAAAAAUAUAUUGUCAGAAGAUGAAACUUUACCCAAUGACUUCUAUACAAUGAAAAGGAAAAUGGUGACACUUGGAUUUGGAUAUGACAAAAUUCAUGCAUUAUUAAAAACAAAAGCUAGGAGUAAAUACCACCUUCCAUGUAGUGGAGACAAAGAAAAUGAAAUUGAUCAGAAUGAAGAAGUGUAUCAAGAAGAUGAUGUGUCUAUUUCAAUUAAUAUUAGUCCUUCUGAGGACCUUGAUAUCUCUAUACUAUUAACAAGUGGUGAUUAUGAAAAGGUUAAUGUCUUGAUUGAGGACAAACAAAAUGAAGGAGAAAUAGAUGAAGAAGAACUUAAGGACCAAGAUGAAGAAACUUUUAGUGAUAGCGAUGAAAAUGAAGUUCAUGAAGAACAUGAGUUUGCUUAUUUUGAAAGCAAUUAA